AGAACACCCAUUGGUGAGCCGGGCAGGGCAGGAGGGAACUGAAAGGUAAGGAAGCACUAUUUCAGCAAGAGGUCUCUCCUCCCCGUCUCGAUCCUCCAGCCACUGGCACAGCCUCCCCCUGAAAAUGAUGCUGUGGGAGAAGCGCUGGAGUUGCCCCAUGUCCCAUGCCUAGGAACAUCUCCGCCUCCAGCUCCUCUCCUCUGGGGCUCACGGCAACCCCAUGCUACGCACCGCAGGCAGGGACGGCCUCUGUCGCCUGUCCACCUACUUGGAAGAACUCGAGGCUGUGGAGCUGAAGAAGUUCAAGUUCUACCUGGGGACUGCGACAGAGCUGGGAGAAGGCGGCAGGAUCCCCUGGGGACGCAUGGAGACCGCGGGUCCCCUGGAAAUGGCCCAGCUGCUCAUCACCCACUUCGGGACAGCGGAGGCCUGGAGGCUGGCUCUCAGCAUCUUUGAGUGGAUGAACAGGAGGGACCUGUGGGAGAGAGGACAGAGAGAGGACCUGGUGAGGGAUACCCCACCUGGUGGCCCAUCCUCACUUGGGAACCAGUCAACAUGCCUUCUGGAAGUCUCUCCUGCCACUCCAAAGAAAGAUCCCCAGGAAACCUACAGGGAUUACGUCCGCAGGAAAUUCCGGCUCAUGGAAGACCGCAAUGCGCGCCUAGGGGAAUGUGUCAACCUCAGCCACCGGUACACUCGGCUCCUGCUGGUGAAGGAGCACUCAAACCCCAUGCGGGCCCAGCAGCAGCUUCUGGACACGGGCCGGGAACACGCGAGGACCGUGGGACACCAGACCAGCCCCAUCAAGAUAGAAACCCUCUUUGAGCCAGACGAGGAGCGCCCCGAGCCACCGCGCACCGUGGUCAUGCAAGGGGCGGCGGGGAUAGGCAAGUCCAUGCUGGCUCACAAGGUGAUGCUGGACUGGGCGGACGGGAAGCUCUUCCAAGGCAGGUUUGAUUAUCUCUUCUACAUCAACUGCAGGGAGCUGAACCAGAGUGCCGCGGAACGCAGCAUGCGAGACCUCAUCUCCAGCUGCUGGCCGGAGCCCAGCGCGCCUCUGCGGGAGCUAGUGCGCGUUCCCGAGCGUCUCCUUUUCAUCAUCGACGGCUUCGAUGAGCUCAAGCCCUCUUUCCACGAUCCUCAGGGACCCUGGUGCCUCUGCUGGGAGGAGAAACGGCCCACGGAACUGCUCCUUAGCAGCUUAAUUCGGAAGAAGCUCCUCUCUGAGCUAUCUCUGCUCAUCACCACGAGGCCCACAGCGUUGGAGAAGCUCCACCGUCUGCUGGAGCACCCCAGGCACGUGGAGAUCCUGGGCUUCUCGGAGGCGGAGAGGAAGGAGUACUUCUACAAGUAUUUUCAAAAUGCAGAGCAGGCAGGCCACGUCUUCAACUACGUGAGGGACAACGAGCCUCUCUUCACCAUGUGCUUCGUGCCCCUGGUGUGCUGGGUGGUCUGCACCUGCCUCCAGCAGCAGCUGGAGAGUGGGGGGCUGCUGAGACAGACAUCCAGGACCACCACUGCGGUGUACAUGCUCUACCUGCUGAGUCUGAUGCAACCCAAGCCCGGGACCCCGCACCUCCAGCCCCCACCCAACCAGAGAGGGUUGUGCUCCCUGGCGGCAGACGGGCUCUGGAAUCAGAAAAUCCUGUUUGAGGAGCAGGACCUCCGCAGGCAUGGCCUGGACGGGGCAGACGUGUCCGCCUUCCUCAACAUGAACAUCUUCCAGAAGGACAUCAACUGUGAGAGGUACUACAGCUUCAUCCACCUGAGCUUCCAGGAAUUCUUCGCAGCUAUGUACUAUCUCCUGGACGAGGGCGAGCGUGUGGCAGGCCCAGAGCAGGACGUUAACAGGCUGUUGGCCGAGUACGAGUUUUCAGAAAGGAGCUUCCUGGCGCUCACCAUCCGCUUCCUCUUCGGGCUGCUGAACGAGGAGACCAGGAGCCACCUGGAGAAGGGUCUCUGCUGGAAGGUCUCGCCGCACAUCAAGACGCAGCUGUUGCAGUGGAUCCAGAGCAAAGCGCAGAGCACCGGCUCCACCCUGCAGCAGGGCUCCCUGGAGUUCUUCAGCUGCCUGUACGAGAUCCAGGAGGAGGAGUUUAUCCAGCAGGCCCUCAGCCACUUCCAGGUGAUCGUGGUCAGCAACAUCGCCUCCAUGAUGGAGCACAUGGUCUCCUCGUUCUGCCUGAAGAACUGCAGGAGCGCCCAGGUGCUGCACUUGUAUGGCGCCACAUACAGCGUGGACAGGGAAGACCGGGCUAGGUGCUCUGCAGGGACCCACACGCUGUUGGUGCAGCUACCGGAGAGGACCUUUCUGCUGGACGCCUACAGUGAACAUCUGGCCUCGGCCCUCUGCACCAAUCCGAACCUGAUUGAGUUGGCUCUGUACCGCAAUGCCCUGGGCAGCCGGGGGGUGAAGCUGCUCUGUCAAGGACUCAGACACCACAACUGCAAACUUCAGAACCUGAGGCUGAAGCGGUGCGGUGUCUCCAGCUCAGCCUGCGAAGACCUCUCUGCAGCUCUCAUAGCCAAUAAGAAUCUAACAAGGCUGGAUCUCAGCGGCAAUGGCAUUGGACUACCAGGCGUGACGCUGCUUUGCGAGGGCCUGCGGCAUCCCCGAUGCAGGCUGCAGAUGAUUCAGCUGAAGAUCUGCCACCUCACUGCUGCUGCCUGUGAAGGGCUGGCCUCAACCCUCGGCGUGAACCAGAGCCUGACGGAGCUGGACCUCAGCCUCAAUGACCUGGGGGACCCCGGGGCACUGCUGCUGUGUGAGGGCCUCAGGCAUCCCACCUGCAAGCUCCAGACCCUCCGGUUGGGCAUUUGCCGGCUGGGUGCUGCCGCCUGUGAGGGUCUUUCUACCGUGCUCCAGGCCAACCACCACCUCCAGGAGCUGGACCUGAGCUUCAACGACCUGGGAGACUGGGGCCUGUGGCUGCUGGCCGAGGGGCUGCAACAUCCCACCUGCAGACUCCGGAAACUGUGGUUGGAUAGCUGUGGCCUCACAGCCAAGGCUUGUAAGAACCUUUACUUCACCCUGGGGAUCAACCAGACCUUGACGGAGCUAUAUCUGACCAACAACGCCCUAGGGGACACAGGUGUCCGACUGCUCUGCAAGCGGCUUAGCCAUCCUGGCUGCAAACUCCGAGUUCUCUGGUUAUUUGGGAUGGACCUGAAUAAAAUGACCCACAGUAGGCUGGCGGCGCUUCGAGUAACAAAACCUUACUUGGACAUUGGCUGCUGAAUGGUCCUGUCUGCUGGCUCCCACUUGAAAUCUGGACAGAGGAAGAUGGGAGUGUGCUCGUCAUUCCCACAGCCUCAUGAUCAGGCUCCUUCCUACAAACUCGUGCAGACUAAGAUCAAAAGUCCCUCUGCUUGGGAUCAAAUUAACGUUUGAUGGCCCCUAACAGGAGAGGUAAAACCCCAACAGGGGGCCAGGUGUGGUGCUCAUGCCUGUAACCCCUGUACUUUCAAGAGGGGGUGGGGCAAGAUGGUUGCUAAAGUCCAGAAGUUCAAGACCAGCCUAAGCCACAUAGCACGCCUCCACUAUUACGAAUUAGCCAACGUUUCAGCCUGGGUAACACGGUGAAAUUUAUUAGUACAAUUUAUGACCCAGGAGGACACAUGCCUGUAGUCCCAGCUAUUCUGGGAGCUGAGGUGGGAGGAUCGCUUGAGCCCAGAAGGAUGAGGCUGCAGUGAGCUGUAAUUGCACCUCUGCACCCCAGCCUGGGCAACAGAGGAAGAUCUUGAAAAAUGCCCAGUAGGGGGCCUCAGAAGGCCAUCCAGCCCUGCAGAGCCCUGGCUGCAUCCGGACCUAGUAAUAUUUGAGCUCUAGGGUGGGUGCCACUGCCAUCUAGUGGACGACGCUAGGAAUGCAUGCCAACAUCCAGCAAGGAAUGCACAGGAACAAAGCGCUUGGUCCAAAGGCAAAUUGUGCCAAGCUGAAGAAAGCCUAUUCUCCAAUGUCACAGGCUAUGUGGGGCACUCGGCAUUUGGGAAGAGAUUGGUAUACAAGCUGACCCUUAGAAUGCUUGUUAUAGCUGGGGCUGGUGGUUCACGCCUCUAAUUCUAGCACCUUGGGAAGCCAAGGCAGGUGGAUUGCCUGAGCUCAGGAGUUCCAGAACACCCUGGGUAACAUGGUGAAACCCUGUCUCUACUAAAAUACAAAAAAAAUUAGCUGGGCA